AUGUCACAAGAUAUUAAAUCGGAGAUAAACCAAAUCCUUAAAUCUUCCGAUACUCCAGUUUACGAAUUAAAUGAAAAUGCAUCCCCAACAGAAAAGUCCAAGUCGAUUGGUGCAUCAAUCGGUUUAACGGGUUCAAGUUCAAUUAAAGCCGUUGUUUCGGAUAAUGCGGAAGAAAAAGAUGUAAAUUCUAGCGGAGUGACCACAACUGUAGAAAAACCUGAAAGUAACAAGCCUCAUUUGGCCGUCGAAUCCGCAGCAGAAAUUCCUAUUUGGGAAAGAAUUGGAUGGAAGAGAGUUUUUGAUAUGAAAGACGCCAAUGAAUCGGUUCAAAUUGAAGACGUUUUAAAAGAGUUGCAAUGUAAUGACUUAUGGUUAUAUUCGAGUGUUGUUAUUACAUCUACAUUUGCGACUUGGUUGAUCGUAUUAUGCGGUGGAAGUCUUGGUUGGAUUCUUGUUUUAUGCGCAUUUAUAGCCACGUAUUUGAAGAAUUCUUCAAGGAGAUUUUAUAGAAAUGCUCGAAGUGAUAUUAGUAGACAAGUUGCAAAAAAAAGGUUGGAGGAUGAAGAAGAAAAGGUUGAAUGGUUAAAUGAAUUUUUACGUAGAUUUUGGUUAAUUUAUGAACCCGUAUUAUCGGCCACGAUAAUUCAAGUUGCUGAUAGUGUUUUGGUUGCUUCCACGCCAAGCUUUUUGGAUUCUAUAAGAUUAACUAAUUUUACUCUGGGUUCAAAGCCCGCUAUAAUUGAAUCUGUAAAAUCUUACCCAAAGACUGAUGAUAAUGAGGUGGUUAUGGACUGGAAAAUUAGUUUUACGCCAAAUGAUUUGGCGAAUAUGACAAAAGUACAAUUGGCAAACAAAGUCAAUCCUAAAGUAGUGUUAACUAUACGGGUAGGAAGAGGAUUCGUGGGAGCGGGAAUACCUGUUUUAGUAGAAAAUAUGACAUUCACGGGAUUAUUGAAAGUAAAAUUAAAGUUAAUUCCAACAUUUCCUCAUGUUGAAACCAUUGACUUAUGUUUUAUCGAACCACCGAUGAUUAAUUACGUAUUAAAACCAAUUGGAGGCGACACUCUUGGAUUUGAUAUAGGCAAUGUGAGUUUACUCUUGGAUAAAAUGAAGAAAUUGUGUGAAGAUAAUGUUAAAACGGAACAAAUACAUGCAACGCUCCAACCAAUGAUGUACUAUCCAAAUGUCUUUACAUUAAUACCGGAAUACUUAUUGUACGGGUACCCGAUAGAAUCAUCAAUAGGAGUAUUGAAAUUAACCAUCAAAAGCGCCAAAAAUCUAAGAAACGCCGAAAGGUUUGGUGGAACAUCGGACCCGUAUUGUAAAGUAAUGUUACAAUCAUCUGACGUUACGAUAGCCGAAAAAGAAAUAUCACGUACAAAAGUUAUCAACAAUUCAUUAAAUCCAGUCUGGAACGAAACUUAUUAUUUGUUACUUAAUAAUACAAAAGAUAUUUUAAAGUUCAAUCUAUUCGAUUCUAAUAUGAAGAUUAAUGCUGAUCGUUUACUUGGUAGCACUACUUUCCUCUUGCAAAGUUUAGUUGAAAACCCUUAUCAUUCCAACAGUACCGUUCAAGUUUUACAUGAAGGAAAACCAAAAGGAGAACUGAAUUUUGACGCAUUUUGGUAUCCGAUAGCCGAGAUUAAAGAAAAUGAACCUGCACCCGAAUCAAAUAUCGGAAUUUUGAAAUUUAAUAUUCAUCAAGCAAAGGAUCUCGAUCCAAGAUUAUCAAUAGUUGGACUUUAUAACCCAUAUGCUGAAAUAAUUUUGAACGGAAAGUUGGUAUAUAAAACAAAAACACUUAGGCGAAUUAACAAUCCAAUUUGGGAGGAAUUCUAUGAGAUGUUUAUAACAAAUAGGGCGGGUGCAAAAUUAUCGGUAAUAAUCAGAGAUGAAAGAGAUUUCUCAGAAGAUCCCUUACUUGGUAGUUGGAGUAUGAAAAUUGAUGAAUUUCUAGCAAUAUUAAACGGAGAAACAAAAAAUGAUUGGUUUAACGUUAAAGAUGCCCCUAGUGGUAAAAUUAAAUUAAGUUGUCAAUGGAAACCAGUUUUACUUGAUCAUAUUCCUGAGAAUGCUGAACCACUCGGUAUUGUUAAACUUCAGAUCAAGAAAGCGAAUGACAUCAAGAAUGUGGCGCAGUUCAAAGGCAAAUCGGAUCCUUAUGUGAGAAUCUUGUUGAAUUCCACUUAUAGAGGCCGUACGGACAUGCGAAGGGACAAUUUAAAUCCAACAUGGGAUGACGAAUACUUCUACGUCCCUGUACACUCUCUCGAAGAAAAGAUAUAUUUGCAAUGUUUUGACCAUGAAAAUAAUGGUAAAGAUCAAAUAUUAGGGUUUACUGAAUUAAUGGUAAAUGAUCUGGUUAAAAAAACUGAUGAUGGAAAGAUUUCAUCUGCCGAAUCAAUUGACACUUCUGCGCCAUUGAUAUCUGGAAUCAAUACAAAAGGAUCUUUAUUUUAUUCUGCAAGCUUUCAUCCCGUUUUACAUCUCAUUAAAGAUGUUAAGGAGGAAAUUUCAAAAAAUGACUUCAACGCGUUGGAAUAUCAAUCCGGAAUUUUGAUUGUAAAUAUUAAUGAAGCAAAAUUCAAGACAAAGAAAUCGUGUGUUGAAAUACUCAUAAACAAUGACCUUUUUCCAGUUUACAAAUCGGCCGUUUCUGAAUUGGAAAACCCGCAAUGGGGUGAAGUUACCGAUGUAUUUAUUAAAGAAUUAGAUUUCUCCAAAAUAACAUUUAAAAUAAAGCAUUCGGAUUCAACGUCGUCUAUCGGAAAAAUUGAAUCUAAUGUAAAAGAAUUGCUAGAAAAGUGUUUAAAAGAUAAAGAAAAUAAUGUCUGGUUACCUAUAAAUGGAAUGGACGGUUGUAUGCUUAAUGUUGGAUUAAGUUAUAUACCUGUUAAAUAUCAUGUUGAAUCAUAUGAAAGUAUUAAUAAUAUGGGAACUUUACAUAUUAAAUUGGUCAAUGCCAAGAAUUUACCCGCUGCGGAUCGUUCCGGUACAAGUGAUCCAUUCGUAAAGUUCAUUUUGAACGAUAAAGUCGUUUUUGAAUCAAAAAAAUUAAAGAAAACAUUGAACCCACUAUAUGAUGAAGAUUUUUCAGUACCAUUGCUAUCACAAACUUCAGCGAAAUGCUUUGUAAAGGUAUACGAUUGGAAUAAAGUAGGAUCAGCAAAGUUAAUAGCAAGUGGAGAAAUUCCACUCACAAAUUUAUCCCCCACCACGUCUACUCAAAAAAUUCCUUUAAAGAACGAUAUUAAUUCCACACAAAAAGACUCAUUGGUAACGUUAUCGAUAACAUUUCAUCCAGAAAUUUUAACUAAAAAGAAACAAAAAACGGGCCCAACGAAAACUUUUAGUGAUUUAGGUAGUACCGUUGGAGUCGGCAUUAGUUCAGGAGUUAAUGGUGUAGGUCAUAUCGUUGGAAAUAGUGUUGAAGUUAGUGUAGAUGAACGUGUUAUUCCGGAGAUAUCUAAUUUAGAAAAAGUUAUUCCCGAAGAAGGGAUUUCUAAGAGAGAAGGUAGCGCUGAAAUUGUUCAUAAACCUGAGGAAGCAAAACCAAUUGGCGAAACCAAUGGAAUUCUUGCCAAACAGGAGGUUAAAGAAGAACCUAUAUUACCUAAACCACAGAUUAGAGAUGAAUCAAAGCAAGCGAAAGAAAUUGAUGGAAUAAAACCAUAUAAUGUGGAAUUCAAAAAUAUUAAGAAAGACCAAAAUGAUGGUUCUAGAUCUAGCGAUGAAAAUGUACCGAUUGAUAGAUCAAAAAGAUUAUCUUCAUAUAGCAUAAACCAGGAUGGUGAAAUUAUUGGUGAACCUGGAGACUUGACAAUAGUUGUAAUUGAAGCGAAGAAUGUUAGUGAUCAGAAUACAAGUUUUCCCUACGUAAAAGUGAAAGUAAACGGCAAAAAAGAAAUUCUUAAAACAUCUGUAAUAAAGAAAUCCAUUUCUCCAAAAUGGAACGAUCAAGUAACAAUUUCAGGAUUAACAGGUUCACCGAUAUCGUUCUUAUUUUGCGUUCGAGAUCGUAAUUUAUUAUCAAAAGAUGUAGAAUUAGGAGAAUACGAUUUACAUUUAUGGGAUCAUAUAAAUCCUGAUGCAAAUAUUAAAGAUUUUUGGUAUUUACCUAAUAACAAAGCAUGGCUAGAAAAUAAACUCGCGUGUCGAAGUUGCGUGCCGUAA